UUCCCCGCCAAAGUCUCGGUGCUCGGAUUUGUAGCUGGCCUUUGGGCCAUGCCGGGCAGGCCGCGGAGCCUCUGCGCUCAUAGUGGGGUGCGCGCGGUGUCGGGUUGGGGCCACGCUGCUCCGCAUCCAGGCCACAACCACAGUUAAAAGGCGAAGCCCCGGGCCCCUUUCAGCUCCGCUCUUGCAAAGCCCCAGGAGCCCCGAGGCAUCGCGCUCAGCGGGCUGGGAGGCCCCGGCCCAGAUGCGCGUCCUGAGCAGCCAAGGUCCCCUAGCGCCCCCUACAGCCGCGCGCGGGGGGAGACGGCGCCCGGUCCUGCGACUCCGCGCCACGCCCGGGACCCCACCCAGCGGCCAGCGCCCCGGGACCGCGCGAGCACCCGCACCUCCCGACUGCAGAACCCAGGCGUGGGGCACAGAGGGCGGGCGGCAUCCAAGGCAGCCCCCGAUUGCCCCGCCCGCGGCGGCCAGACUUCCCCUCCCUCCGUCCGUCCCUCCCUUCCUCCCGCCCUCCUUCCCCCCCGCCGGCUGGCGCCGGACACGCUGCGCCUCUUCUCUUGGGGCGUUCUUCCCCUUGGCCGACCGUCGCAUCCCGCUCAACUGGGGACAGUGGCCGUUUGGUGUUGAAUGUUUCCCUCCGAGAGCGCAUGGCUGGAGAAGCGAGGCGCGGGCUAGGCCCCCGAGGGGCCACCGUCCGGGAGGCGGUGAUGCUGCUGCUGUGCCUGGGGGUCCGGACCGGGCGCCCCUACAACUUGGACACCGAGAACGCGCUGCUCUACCAGGGCCCCCCCAACACCCUGUUCGGCUACUCCGUGGUGCUGCACAGCCACGGGGCGAACCGAUGGCUCGUGGUGGGGGCGCCCACGGCCAACUGGCUUGCCAACGCUUCUGUGGUCAAUCCCGGGGCGAUUUACAGAUGCCGGAUCGGAAAGAAUCCAGACCGAACGUGCGAACAGCUCCAGCUGGGUAGCCCUAAUGGAGAACCUUGUGGAAAGACUUGUUUGGAAGAAAGAGACAAUCAAUGGCUGGGGGUCACGCUUUCCAGACAGCCAGGAGAAAAUGGAUCCAUCGUGACUUGUGGGCAUAGAUGGAAAAAUAUCUUUUACGUAAAGAAUGAAAAUAAGCUCCCCACGGGUGUUUGCUAUGGAAUGCCCUCUGAUUUACGAGCAGAGCUGAGUAAAAGAAUAGCGCCAUGUUAUCAAGAUUUUGUGAAAAAAUUUGGGGAAAAUUUUGCAUCAUGUCAAGCUGGAAUAUCUAGUUUUUACACAGAGGAUUUAAUUGUGAUGGGAGCCCCAGGAUCGUCUUAUUGGACUGGCUCUCUUUUUGUCUACAACAUAACUACAAAUAAAUACAAGGCUUUUUUAGACAAAGACAAUCAAGUAAAAUUUGGAAGUUAUCUAGGAUACUCGGUUGGGGCUGGUCAUUUUUGGAGUCAGCAUACUACCCAAGUAGUUGGAGGAGCUCCUCAGCAUGAACAGAUUGGUAAAGCAUACAUAUUCAGCAUUGAUGCAAAAGAACUAAAUAUCAUCCAUGAAAUGAAAGGUAAAAAGCUUGGCUCUUACUUUGGAGCUUCUGUCUGUGCUGUGGACCUCAACGCAGAUGGCUUCUCAGACCUACUCGUGGGAGCUCCCAUGCAGAGCAUCAUCAGAGAGGAAGGAAGAGUCUUCGUGUACAUCAACUCUGGCUCGGGAGCGGUAAUGAAUGAAAUGGAAACAGAGCUCAUUGGAAGUGACAAAUAUGCUGCAAGAUUUGGGGAAUCUAUAGUUAAUCUUGGCGACAUUGAUAAUGAUGGCUUUGCAGAUAUUGCUAUUGGAGCUCCACAAGAAGAUGACUUGCGAGGUGCUAUUUAUAUUUACAAUGGCCGAGCAGAUGGGAUCUCUCCAGCCUUCUCACAGAGAAUUGAAGGACUCCAAAUCAGCAAGUCGUUAAGUAUGUUUGGACAGUCUAUAUCUGGACAAAUUGAUGCAGAUAAUAAUGGAUAUGUAGAUGUAGCAGUUGGUGCUUUUCGGUCUGAUUCUGCUGUGUUGCUAAGGACAAGACCUGUAGUGAUUGUGGAAGCUUCUUUAAACCAUCCUGAGUCAGUAAAUAGAACGAAUUUUGACUGUAUUGAAAAUGGAUUGCCUUCUGUGUGCAUGGAUCUAAAACUCUGUUUCUCAUAUAAGGGCAAAAAGGUUCCAGGUUAUAUUGUUUUGUUUUAUAACAUGAGUCUGGAUGUGAACCGAAAGGCAGAGUCUCCAUCAAGAUUUUACUUUUCUUCUAAUGGGACUUCUGAUGUGAUUACAGGAAGCAUAAGAGUAUCAAGCAAAGCGGCUAGCUGUAGAACCCAUCAAGCAUUUAUGCGGAAAGAUGUGCGAGACAUCCUCACCCCAAUUCAGAUUGAAGCUGCUUACCACCUUGGGCCUCAUGUCAUCAGUAAACGAAGUACUGAGGAAUUCCCACCCCUUCAGCCAAUUCUUCAGCAGAAGAAAGAAAAAGACAUCAUUGAAAAAACAAUAAACUUUGCAAGGUUUUGUGCCCACGAAAAUUGUUCUGCUGAUUUACAGGUUUCUGCAAAAAUUGGAUUUUUGAAGCCACAUGAAAAUAAAACCUAUCUUGCUGUUGGAAGUAUGAAGACGUUAAUGUUGAACGUGUCCUUGUUUAACGCUGGAGAUGAUGCCUAUGAAACGACUCUGCAUAUCAGACUACCCACUGGUCUUUACUUCAUCAAGAUUUUAGAUUUGGAAGAAAAACAAAUAAACUGUGAAGUCACAGACAGCUCUGGCAUAGUAAAACUUGACUGCAGUGUUGGCUAUAUAUAUGUAGAUCAUCUAUCAAGGAUAGAUGUUGGCUUUCUCCUGGAUGCGAGCUCCCUCAGCAGAGCAGAAGAGGAUCUCAACAUCACAGUGCAUGCCGCCUGUGAAAAUCAAGGGGAAAUGGACAACCUGAAGAGUAACAAGGUGACUUUAGCACUACCUCUCAAGUAUGAAGUCAUGCUAACUGUUCAUGGGUUUGUAAAUCCAACUUCUUUUGUGUAUGGACCAAACGAGGAAAAUGAGCCUGAAACAUGCAUGGCAGAGAAAAUGAACCUCACUUUCCAUGUUAUCAACACCGGCCAUAGCAUGGCUCCAAAUGUUAGUGUGGAAAUAAUGGUACCAAAUUCUUUUAUCCCCCGUACCCAUAAGCUGUUCAACAUUUUGGAUGUCCAGACUACUAAUGGAGAAUGCCAUUUUAAAAAUUAUGAAAGAAACUGUGCAUCAGAGAAGCAAAAAGGUCCAUUGGAGACCCUGAAAGACAUAUUCAGAUUCUUGUCAAAGACUGAUAAGAGGCUAUUGUACUGCAUAAAAGCUGAUCCAUACUGUUUAAAUUUCUUAUGCAAUUUUGGGAAAAUGGAAAGUGGAAAAGAAGCCAGUGUUCACAUUCAGUUGGAAGGCCGGCCAUCCAUUUUAGAAAUGGAUGAGACUUCAGCACUCAAGUUUGAAAUAAGAGCGACAGCUUUUCCAGAGUCAAAUCCAAAAGUGAUUGAACUAAACAAGAAUGACAAUGUUGCACAUGUUUUCCUUGAAGGACUACAUCAUCAAAGACCCAAACGUCAUUUCACUAUAGUGAUUAUUUCAAGUAGCCUGCUACUUGGACUUAUUGUACUUUUAUUCAUUUCAUAUGUCAUGUGGAAGGCUGGCUUCUUUAAAAGACAGUACAAAUCCGUCCUACAAGAAGAAAACAGAAGAGACAGCUGGAGUUACGUGAACAGUAAAAGCAAUGAUGAUGAUUAAAGACUUCUUUCAAAUUGAGAGAACUAACAACAGACUCAGGUUAUACUAAAGAAAUCUAAGCCACUGUUUACAAGAAACCAUGAAUUUUGCUCAGAUUCCUCCAUGUACUUCUUUUACUCAUGAGCUUGUGACGUAUUAUGUCUUAACGCAAAUGAAAAAUCCAAGCAACGAUUACUCUUUGAAAGAAAAUAGUUGCAAAGGUAUUAUUCAAUAUAUCCAAAGAUAACCUUUCAGCUCUUAAAUGGAUAGAAAAACACUAAAGCUUUCAAUUAUUCAAGAUAAAUAAUCCCUCAAAGAUAUCUUGAAAUGAAAGCGCAUCUGAAUUAAAUCAUGUAAACAACUCAACUGGAGAAGUCUUGGACUUGAAAUAUCAUUCCUUUAAAACAGAUAUUUACCAUAUGUGCUUGCUUCAGUAAAAUAAAUUCCACUGAAUAGGUAUUCAUUUCCAAUAGAUCUUUGAGACUUGCUUGAAAUAUGUUCUUUAAAAAUAUUUACCAGGAUUUUUCAAAUAGCUGUUCCCAAAUUUUUUAAUGAAUAAAAGAGAAGCAUUAUUAUUUUAAGACAGAUUUUAUCUUUAAAGACAUUUAUUUGUAAUACAUUUCCUAUGGGCUUUGAUCAACAGCCAUUCAUUCAGUAGUCUGUGAACAUUAUGGGCCUGAAGAGCACACUUCAGACUGAACUUAUACACUGGUUUGAGCUUAAUGGGAUGACUUCUGGAUAAUUAUUGUUUAUAUGGCUAUGGAUUUUUUCUUCUUUCUGUAUAUAUACUUAAGUUUUUAAAAGAAUAUAUGUUUAUAUAGGUAUAAAUCCACUAGUCUUCCUAUAACACAACUUUAUCAAAGGUACCCAGGAAUAAAUUUUAAAAAUCCAUCUUUAGUCAAAUUUUUGUUUAUAAAAACAACAGUACUUAAGAAUUCUAAUUUAUAUUCUGAAACAGAUUGUGAAUGUUGCACUUUAGCUAAUAUUUGAAAUAUAAAUACACUGAUGUAUAUAUAAAAUACGAAAACUGUACCUCACUAAUGAUUUUUUAAAAAUCAAAGCUCUGCAAAGACAAUGAUUAGGGGCCAAUAUUUCAUACAAAUUAGAUACUGUAUAAAAUAUUGACUGUCAAACUAAGCAAAUACUUUUUAGAUGUUAC